AUGUCGGCAAUGAAGACAAGAACAUGGUUCUGCAACAACCUCUCGGCGGAACCCGCGGUGUUACUCUAUUCCUUCGUUAUAUUCCUAUACGCCGCAGGGAUGCCGAAUCUUAUUCAACAGAAAGUUUGCAGCCCUGAUUCGCCACCGCCGGUUGAUUUCGUCUGCAACGACACAGCACUAGUGGCUCAAGCGACAGAUAUAGUUACCGUUCGAUCAACACUUAAGCAAUCUCUACCAGCAAUAAUUCUACUCAUUGCUGGCUCCUGGAGGGAUUCAACAAACCUGAAUAAACCCAUAAUAUAUUUGGCCUUAUUUUGGGAAAUAGUUGGAAUUUGCAUCCAGAUCUUUUCUUACUUAAGCUGGACCAGUUCCCCUUGGAAAACUUCCAUUGCCGAAGGAAUUAUCAAUGGCCUUGGAGGUGGCAGCACCUUGUUCUUUGUUGGGACUACUUGUGCUAUCACUGACAGUACCCAAGCUGAGGAUAGGACGACACGUUUCACACUUGUUUUUGCUGGAGUAUCUUUUGGAGCCUGCUUAGCUUUUGGCGUUUCUGGAUAUUGUCUAACAUAUAUGGGUUAUACAUGGUUCUUAAUUUUUACUAUCAGUCUCCACUUAGCUACUGGAGUGCUGAUCAUGAUAUUUGUCAAGGAUAAAAAGAACAAGGAGAAGAAAGGAGACUUUACCAAAAUGUUAAAUCAGCUCAAAUCUGCUGUUAAAAGAAGACCUAACAUCAUAAUAAUUUGGUUUAUGAUUUUUGCUUCUUGUUCAAUCACUGUUAUAUCAUUAGCGGAGUCAAAUAUUUACCAAUAUUAUCUCCAGCAAACGUUUGGUUACACAAUUAAGGAAGUAGGACUUUAUACUGCUUAUCGAUUAAUGAUUGGCUCUGUAGGGUCUAUCAUAGUACCUCCUGUCGUUGUGAAGUUACUAAAAUGGUCAGAUUUCAAAAUUGGAAUUUUGUGUUCAUUGGUAACAACUAUUUCAUGUAUUUCAAUGGUUUUUGCGGCGACAACAUUUGAAAUAAAAAUAUUUGCUUUAUUAGAUAUUACAAAAAUGUUUCUUUUUGGACUUCCUAAGUCAAUCAUUUCAAAAUGUGUGAAUGAGGAUGAAAUUGGUAUGUUUGUUAGCUUUUGUCUUAUUGGAGAGAGCAUUUUACCAAUUUUUAUUUUUUAUCUUUAUGAUGUCAUAUACACUGCCACCUCUACAAUGCUACCUGGUGCAUUCUACUUGGCAAGUGCUGCAAUCCUUACGAUCUUAUUUAUAUUCUAUAGCAUCUCGGCUUGUACCUAUAUUCCUCUUGAAACUUAUGAAGGAAACAAAAAUGUUCCAGAGGUUUUAGAAAAUUGUGGAAACAUGUCACAGCAACUUCAAACAUCCACUAGUCCUCCUGGGAAUGAUUAA